AUGCAUCGACACUGCAAGUCUCUCCUUGAUGCUGUAGAGUACUUAGGCGUAGGCUUUCGGGCACACGUCAAGACACACAAGACUCUGGAAGGGGUUCGUCUGCAAGUUGGGGAAGCCAAAACAGAAGCUCUACUCGUUGCAUCAACUAUUGCUGAAAUCGAAUAUCUACAGCCACUGCUGCAUGAAUUUAUAGAAAAUGGCCGCCAAGUGAACAUCCUUUAUGGUAUUCCCCUGCCACCUUCCCAGGUUGAUCGCCUGGCAGCUAUCGGCCGGCAGCUGGGCCAAGGUGCCAUUUCUGUCAUGAUCGAUCAUACAUCCCAGCUGAACCAUGUAGCUCGAUUUGCAGACCAAGCUUCUUUUCCAGCCGGGGUCUACUUGAAGGUCGAUACAGGCUACCACCGAGCCGGCUUACCUCCUUCCGGUCUCAACAAGGACGACUUAAUUUCCAAACUGAUGAACCUUGACAGCCUGGGCAAAAUAAACUUCAUUGGUCUUUACUCUCACAGCAGCCUGAGCUACAAUGGCUCAACCACCGAGCAAGCAAUGGCCCAUCUCGAAGGCGAGCUUCGUGGUUGUCUUGAUGCGCUCGAGAAAAACUCGAGUUUGUUCUAUAGCGAUAAGGAAAUAACUAUCAGUAUCGGAGCAUCGCUGCAGGUAACUUCCAUAGAGAACUUGGUUGGGGCUAAGAGCGCGUUAUCAGAGGACGCCAAGUCUCUACGACGGACCUUGCACAAGGUAGUGACUGACAGACACUGCGGAUUUCGCACCAAACUCGAACUCCACGCCGGUGUAUAUUCCCUCCUUGAUGUGCAACAGCUCUCUACCCAUUCCCGAGCUGACUUAGGGGACUAUGAGGAUGAGAUAGCCAUAUCUGUCAUGGCAGAGGUUUGUAGCGUCUACAACGACAGCGAGCGUCAGCAACCCGAAGCUUUACUUGCGGUUGGAGUACUGGGCCUAGGACGUGAACCUUGUGCAGCAUAUGAUGGGUGGGGCAUUAUCGAUCGCAAUGACUACUCCUCUAAUACGAGUAAUCCUGAUCGCCGGCUGAUUGUGAAGCGCGUGAGCCAGGAACACUGCGUUGUGUCAUGGGGAGUAGGCCAGAUUGUUCGCAUCUAUCCGAAUCAUGCUUGUAUUACGGGAGCCUUAUACGGUUGGUAUUACGUAGUAGAUUCGUCGGAACAUGGUGAGCGGGUAGUUGAUGUUUGGGAACGGGCGAGCUGGUGGGAAACGUCGAUAGCUAGAUAA